AUGCUAAUUUCCGCGCCAAAGACCGGAGGAGAGACUUUGCAGGAAGUGAGAACCUUGACGCCGACCACCGCUCGCAUACUUCGCUGGACUUCUCCUCUGCUCAGCAACGUCACCAGAUUUCUCCUCUGCUCUGCAAUCGCUCACGCCCGUCGUCGCCGCCUGUCACGCCCACCGUCGCCGUCUCCGCCUGUUACGCCCGCUUUCGUUGUCUCCUUCGCUCACCACAUCUUCACCAUCGUCACCGACCUCUGCUGCCAACGGAUACAUCAAAUGUAUGGAUCUGAUGGCGUAAACGAAGAUUCAGAGAGAACUGCCUUUCGAAAAACUGAGAAAAAGUACAAACUAUAUUAUGAUAAUAACAAAUCUUCCAAAAAGAAGAAGAAAGCGAGGCCUGUAGAUUUGUCAGAGGUUAUCGAUUUUAAGUCUGUUUCAGAGUCCUUUACUAGAAACAAUGAUGUUCAUCUUCCUAUUGGAGUUUCAAAGCUUGAAUGUCAGUUUGCUAGGCCAGUUUUCAGUUUGGAUAAAUGCCCUGGUUUCUAUUUCAUUCCUGAAGCAUUGAGUAUUGAGGAACAAUGCAGAUGGAUUAAGGAGAGCUUAGUGAGUUUUCCUGAACCUCCAAACAGAACUAAUCACAAUGCUGUUCAUGGAGCCAUACAUGAUCUGUUCAAUGCUGCAAAAGAUAGCAAAGUGUUGGUUGAAGAGGAAAAGAUAAUAUUACCUGGUGAAGAAGAUGCUCAUACUCAUAAAUGGGAAUGGGCUACUUGUGAUGAACCAAGUGGAAAUACAAAUACUAGUAAAUCAAUAUCAGCAUCUGUCUUGCUAAGGAAACUGAGAUGGAGUACUCUUGGUCUCCAAUUUGACUGGUCAAAGAGGAGUUAUAAUGUUUCACUCCCUCACAACAAGAUCCCGGAUGCUCUUUGUGAAGUUGCUAAGAAAAUGGCUUCUCCUGCUAUGCCAGUUGGAGAAGAAUUUCAACCAGAAGCUGCUAUUGUUAAUUACUUUGCUUCAGGUGAUAUGUUGGGUGGUCACCUUGAUGACAUGGAGGCAGAUUGGAGCAAACCUAUAGUAAGCAUGAGUUUGGGAUGCAAAGCAAUUUUUCUUCUUGGAGGGAAGUCCAGAAAUGAUGAACCGUUAGCUAUGUUUCUGCGCAGUGGUGAUAUUGUUCUUAUGGCUGGAGAAGCAAGGGAGCGUUUUCAUGGGAUACCUCGGAUUUUUACCGAUACAGAAAAUGCAGAGAUCGAUUGUUUAGAAAACCAUUUCUCAGCCACAACAACUGCAUGGAUUAAAGGAGAAGACGUGACGAUCUGGUUUCUUGCUGUUAUCUACUUCCUAUCAGGGGUUCCACUUGGCUAUGUUCUGUGGUAUCGGCCACUUUAUCGUGUUUUUAGGAAGGAAAGUGCAUUCGGGUUUGGUUGGUUCUUCCUAUUUUACUUGUUACACAUAUGCUUUGUAAUCUUUGCGGCUGUUGCUCCUCCCAUUGUCUUCAAAGGAAAAUCUCUCACAGGAAUCCUACCAGCAGUUGAUCUUGUAGGAGAUCAAGCUUUAGUUGGGAUCUUCUACUUUCUUGGUUUCGGGUUAUUCUGUCUUGAGGCUCUGCUCAGCAUUUGGGUUAUUCAGCAAGUAUACAUGUAUUUCCGAGGGAGUGGCAGAGCAGCAGAGAUGAGAAGUGGGGGUGCUUGA